AAUCCUCACCACUUAAAAAUAAACAAAACAAAUUCAUUUUACAUUUUCAUUAGUAGACAGUGCAAAUUCAAACAUUCCAAGAAGAGACAGAGUUUGAAGGAGAGACUAGAAACUAGUAGUAGCGAGUAAGUGUUGUUGAUUACAUGGGUGACAUCAAACUUGAAUGACUGGGGGUUUUGUUAUUUAUUGUUAGCUUUUAGAAUUCACAUUUCACAAUGAAAUUUGCUCUUAUAAGCACUAAUUCCACACACCCAUUUGCUCCAUUUUGUGCCUGUGCCUACACAUCCUCUCACUCUAAGCCAAAGUAUCAGAACCAGAAUCAGAAUCCAAAUCCAAUUACAACAUUUUGCAAACCCUUUACUUUGCCCACCAUACUCUCCUCGAAAUCAUCUCAUUCUAAACCAUCCAGAUUAGUUGCGCUUUGUGCUUCCCGUGCUGCUAAACCAUCCAAUGCCGAAUUGGAGAAUAGUAGGUUGGGUGAGGAGGUGUUGAGUGAAGAAACCAUUGUUGAAGAUGAAAAUUCACAAAGCCAGUGGAAUGUGGAAGUGGGGAACCCCAUUGUUCCUGCCAAUGUUGUCAAAUUGAGCUUGAGUGACCAAGCCUUCUUGCUAUUGGCGUUCAUUGCCUGCACGACUUCUGUGGCAUUUACUAGUCUCGUUAUUGCUGCUGUCCCAACACUAUAUGCAAUGGGGAGAGCUGCAACAUCUCUUUCAAAGCUAGCAGAUACAGCUCGUGAGGAGCUCCCUAGUACUAUGGCUGCCAUUAGGCUAUCUGGCAUGGAAAUCAGCGACCUUACACUAGAACUAAGUGAUUUAAGCCAAGAGAUAGCUGAUGGGGUCAGCAAAUCUACUCAAGCUGUGCAAGCAGCAGAAGCUGGAAUUCGACAAAUUGGUGCAGUUGCUCGCCAGCAAACUAUUUCAAUGAUUCAAGAGAGAGCAAGCCUGCCCAUCAUCUCUUUGCAACCUGUCGUUGCUGGAGCUGCAAAGAAGACUUCUCAUGCUGUUGGCCAAGCAACAAAGACCUUCAUGAAUAUGAUCUCUCGGGGGGAGUUCAACCCAGAGAAUGAAGACGACAGUGGAAUUGAUAGAGUGGAGAUUUAAAGGUUUGCUGCUUCCCAAUUAUGUGUGGCCUUGUGUACAUAUUGCAGUGAACAUAGACAUUAGCUUCAAAUGAGUGUGAUUAUGCAGACGCCCAAAAAAUUUUGGGCUAAUUUUAGUCAUUUGUCUCA